AUGGCUUCGUCGAGAGCAGUCGCGGUUGUGGGGAAGAAAGGCUUUCCAGCAAAAUUAGGAAGCAGACUCGAUAAGGUCAGAUCAGGGCGGGUCACCAAACGUGGUUUGAUCCCAACGCAGAGAAAUGGCAAGAACAAGAGUGGUGGUUUCGUCCUGGGUUUCUUCUUCUCCAAGGCAAAAUGGCCACGCUUAUGA